CGGGGAUGCUACGAUAUUUCGUGCUCGUGAGUGUUUUAUGAUACAAAGUGAAUUCAAAACUUCGUGAAACGUGUAAAACUUGUGUUGCUCUGUUAAUACUAGUGAUAACUUGAAAGUGGUGUGUGUUUGUGUGUAAAAUACAUUCAAAAUGAAUAAAACUUGCGCGAGGUGUGAGAAAACAGUUUACCCGACUGAGGAGUUGAAAUGUUUGGACAAGGCGUGGCACAAAGGCUGUUUCAAAUGCCAGGAAUGCGGGAUGACCCUCAACAUGCGGACAUACAAAGGAUACGGCAAACUGCCGUACUGUGAGGCACACGUUCCAAAGGCGAAGCACACGACGAUGGCAGAGACCCCCGAACUGAAGCGGAUAGCAGAGAACACCAAGCUGCAGAGCAACGUUAAGUACCACGCGGACUUUGAGAAGAGCAAGGGCAAGUUCACACAGGUGGCAGAUGACCCCGAGACCCUCCGGAUCAAGGCGAACACCAAGAUCAUCAGCAACGUGGCCUACCACGGCGAGCUGGAGAAGAAGGCUCAGAUGGAGAAGCAGCGGCAGAUCAACGAGAACGGGGAGCUAGUUGACGUGCCCUCCGACAACUACCACCAGCAACUCGAGAACUACGCCAACGAGAUGCUGCCAGUCCCGCCGCCGCAGAAACAACCCCAGCCCCAAGUGUACCAACCGCCCCCGGCCUACCAGAACCAGAACCAAAACCAAUCCUACCAACAACAACAACAACAUCAGCCACAACAGUAUCACAACCAGAAUUUCCAGAGUAAUCAUCAACCGGCCUACAAUCAAAACCAAUACCGACAACAACCAAAACAGUAUGAAGAUUACCAGCAGAAAUAUGAUGAUUAUCAAAAUCAGUUUGCCUACGGACAGUAUCAACAACCUGGGGCUAACUAUGGGGUUGGGAGUCAACAGAAGAUCGGUAGGAUCCAAGAUUACGAUCCACUAGUGGAUGGACCGAGAGCACCGCCGAAUACUCAGCGAGCGUCAGCUACCCUCAUCUAUAAUAGCACCAGUGAUGGCAAGAGAGGGUCCCACCACCAACACCAGCAGCAGCAGGCGACGAGCGCGCGGCAGAUCGGGCGCGUGGCCGACCUCGACCCGCUCGCCUCCGAGCGCGCCGCCUUCGCCGGCCCCGACCACAACUACAUGCAGGUCAUGUCCAACAAGCACGAGCCCGACGCGCAGAAAGUAUACAUCGCAAUGUACGACUACGAAGCCAACGACAGCGAUGAGGUAUCCUUCCGCGAAGGUGACCUCAUUUCCAACGUGACCGCCAUCGAUGAAGGCUGGAUGACCGGGCAGGUCCUCCGCACAGGCCGCACUGGCAUGCUGCCCGCAAACUAUGUGGAACGCGCGCCUCCGAACACCUACACACACUAAGUUAAAUCUUCAUUAUUAUUACCGAAAAUUAUAAGAAACUUGACUAUGUAGACAGACUUUGAUAUUUUCGAAAAUGACCGUACUAGUCGUUCGGGUAUUCCAUUCGUCACGCGCGCCUUCAAACACCUACACACACUAAGUUAAAUCUUCAUUAUUAUUACAGAAAAUUAUUAGAAACUUACGAUGUAGACAGACUGACAUUUUCGAAAAUGACCGUACUAGUCGUUCGGGUAAUCCGUUCGACGCGCGCGCCUUCAAAUACCUACACACACUAAGUUAAAUCUUCAUUAUUAUUACAAACUUACGAUGUAGACACGACUGAUAUUUUCGAAAAUGACCGUACUAGUCGUUUGGUUACUCCGUUCAUUUAACGGGUAACGCCGCCGAAUUUGACUUUGGAUACUUGAACUUUGGAUACAAUAGUAGCCCUUUUUCUUUACCUGAAAACGAAAUGAAUGGAGCUUGACACUAUGUUAUAGACAGAUCUUUAGAUAUGUUCGAAAAUUUAAACACUACUUAAAGCGAAUAUUAUGAUAAAAAAAUGCUUAUUAUAAUUAUUGUACAUGUAUGUAUGCAUCAAGCAUUUUCUAUGAAAAGUCACAUUUAGAUACUUGUUGCUUUUUAGCUAUUUCAAAAUAGGUACUCAAUGUAUCUUAAGUCCAUAAGAUCUAAGAUACUAAGUACCAUUCAAAGUCUGUCGAACAUAAUGAAAUAAACAAUGAAAUAUCUACACUGCCUUAUUCGAAGAAAAUUUCUGCAAUGUAAGAUGUAACUGCGAUAUGAUAUCUAUAUGUCUGAGAUAUCGUAACUACAUCUAAUAUUUGACGGAUAUUAAAGUUCGAAUAGGGAUAUUAAUCUAUAUACUCCUAUUGCCAAACUAUGCAAUUUUAUAGGUUGUAACAACAUAUUAUAUGUAAAAUACAUAUCGUUUUACUUUUUAGUAAGCGUUAUAAAUGUACAGCCACUAAUUGUUUUUAUAUAUUAUAACAAGGACUUCAUUUGCAUGUGUUGAUAUCUUUUAAAAUCUGUUUUUCUCAUUUUACUGUACAAUAAUUUUAGAAAAAUAGGUAUUUAUGCUGACGUCUUUUUCUUUAGAUUAUCUCUAGACUUAAUCGUAUUCAACUCAAAAAUUAUAAAAUAUACUCUGUCAAACAAGUCCGUCAGUAAAUAAGAACAAAGAAAACUAUAUGCAUCCUUUUCUUUAGGGUGCUAGAGAAAAGGAUACCUAUAGUUUUCUUAGUUCUUAUUUACUGACAGACUUGUUUGACAGAGUAUAAACAGUAUUUUUUAAUAUUUUAAAAAUAAAUUGGAAUUGUCUCGAAAGUGUCUCAAGUAAAAACUGGCUUUAAACACGUCAUUCCAGUAUUUUAUAUACAUUUACUGACUUUUUAUAUUUAUUUCACAAUGCUUGUAAAUAUUAAAGAAGUUUGAUAUACAAAAAUAUGUUUAAUGCAAACUUAUAAGCAAUUUAGUUAAGUAAUUGCAAGAACAUACUGUAAGUAAAAGUGUUUAUAUCAUUACAGAUAUUAUAGUCUGAAUGUUUAGGUAUUUAAAUAAACACAUAGAGGAAUAAGCAAAGGAAGAGUUGUAAUUCUAUACAUCAGUAAAUGCGAGUUAUUUGUAUAGGCAUAGUUAAGUGACAUCUAGCGACAAUCACGC